AUGAUGCACGGACGCGGGCACGCCCAGAAGGUAACAAACCCUCAGCGCCGCUAUCUGGUUACGCAGUACCUGCCGCGCUAUGCGGCUGCUAGGGACGCCGGUAGCAAGGGAGCCACCCAAGGGGUAUUUCGGGAGGCCGCCGAAUCGGUCGUGAUCAAGUACGGUGCAGAAGACCCAUGGCGCAACAUCACGGAGGUCGAGGAGCAACUCCUCGAAGAUGCCGUUGCGGAAGGGAACCCGCCUCAUCCGUUGCCCGCGGAGGGUGUUCCAUCCGUCAUCGUCCAGGACGUCAAAAAAGUUCUGUGGACGGAGCGCAUGCUCGCGCUCGACAGGCACGAAACUGUCGGGGCCGCGUAA